UUGAGUUAGUUCCUGAUCCUGCACUCAUUGACACAGAGGUCAGGCAAAGUACAGAGCGCAGAACCAGCCAGUGCGGCAGCAAACAUCACCCAGGUCGCGUCCGAAAGCAAGAAAGGUAAGAUGGGCAAAGACGGCAAUGAUUCCUCGGAAAACUUCACAUCCUUGGAGCCUUUGGAGUACAGGAUAGCCGGUCUUGUGUUCUACAGCAUCAUCCUCGUCAUCGGCACUGUGGUCAACGCCACCGCACUAUGGGUGUUCUGCCUGAGCACCAAGAAGAAGACCUCCACUUCCAUCUACAUGAUCAACGUGGCCGUCGUAGACCUCAUAGUCAUCGUCUUCCUGCCAUUGCGUUUGGUGUAUUACGCACAGAACUACUGGCCCUUUGGGGACAUCCUGUGCCGGGUCAGUGCCGCCCUGAGCGUCUUCUACCCAUCGAUGGCGCUGUGGCUCUUUGCGCUGAUCAGCCUUGACCGCUUUGUGGCUUUGAUGCAGCCGUGGCAUGCUAUUGAACUGAAGAACGUGCACAAGGCCCUACUGUCUUGUGCGGGCUUAUGGAUCAUGGUGCUGGGGGUGAGCGCGCCACUCCUCCUGACCAGUGACAACCUAGACAAGGCGUCCAACCUCACCACCUGUGCAAAAUUGCGCAAUGCCAUCUACCUGAAGCUGGACAACUCGAUCAAUUUCGUGAGGCUCCUGUUCUUCUUCAUGGUACCGGUCUGCAUCAUGAUCGGCUGUUACACCAGCAUCCUUAGCAGCAUAGCGUGUGGCCGCUCCCUGAAGUUCAAAGGCAAGGUGAAGAAGGUGUCCAUCAGGAUCAUCGUGGCAAUAAUGGUACAGGUGCUUGUGUGCUUUGUGCCCUUCCACAUUUGCUUCAUCAUCCAGGUGCUGGAACUGGCUGGGGACAGCCACAGAGCCUGGGCCGUCGCCUCCAGCCUCCUGUUGAACCUCAGCACAGUGCUCGACAUGGCUCUCUACUACAUUGUAUCCCAGCAGUUCAAGGAACGAGUCAUCAGCGUCAUCCUGUACAGGAACUACCUGCGCAGCAGGCGCAGGAAGGUCUGUCAGAUAGAAUACAUUCCCUCAGCCGACACUAAGAACACUGCUCCCGGUGGCCAAAGAGCCCAUGUAGAACACUUGCACUGAAACAGUCACUUUGUGAGAGUAAUGAGCAUUUCUACCGGACAGAAGUGACAAAAUCACUGCUAGGUCGUCGACUGUAAGUGGAUGGAAUUGUAGCAAAAAACUCACCUCCUGUUGGUAUGAUGUCCGACCGUGAGAAACGUGCACGGAGGAGAGGCCGACAUCCUGACUUUGGCCAUUCUGGGUGGGACUAAGCCAAUCGGCAGCAUGAUGCAGCCAUGUGAAGUUAAAUUAUUGAGCAAAAAGUGCAAAGAACCCUGUACUUUAACUUUGUUUUUUUGUAGCUCUUUCGUAUAUACAGUAUACAUAUAUAUUUUUGGACACCCUUUGAUGAUGACAUUGACAGGAUGCAACAUCCUUAGUUUAAAACUAAGCAUACUAAC